CUGUUUAAUUCCGAGGACUUGUUGGAAGUUUAGGACGGUCGACAAUUUUGGAUUUAUUUUCUUAUUUAUUACUUCUAGUACCGUGGUACAGUUUUGCAAAGAAAGUUGUUUAUAAUAAUAUAGGUAUUGAGCUGUAGUAUUUCACUCUUGUCAUUCAUGUGAGAAUGUCAUGUUAAAUAAUCAUGCGUGUUAGGUUACUGUAAGGUAAACGUAAAUUAGGUAAUUAGGUCCUUCGGAGAGAUGUAACAUAAAGCAGUGCCACGUAAGAUGGAAACCGUGUUGUGAGAAAUGGUGAUGCAGCGGUCGUGCAACCAUUAACCAGUUAUAUUGAAAAAUGGGAAGCUCUCAGAGUGUUGAAAUACCAGGUGGUGGAACAGAAGGCUACCAUGUUCUUCGUGUUCAAGAAGGAUCUCCAGGUCAGAAAGCUGGAUUGGAAGCCUUUUUCGAUUUCAUAGUCGCCAUUGGGAAUACCAGACUUGAUCAGGAUAAUGACACACUGAAAGAACUGCUAAAGCAAGGUAUAGGCCAGAAGCUACAAAUGACAGUAUACAGUAGUAAGACACAGUCGGUCCGUGAGGUAUCUAUUGAACCAAGUACUACUUGGGGAGGCCAGGGUUUACUUGGUGUCAGUAUAAGAUUUUGCUCCUUUGAGGGAGCGAAUGAAAAUGUGUGGCAUGUGCUGGAAGUUAACCCACAGUCACCAGCAGAAAUUGCUGGAUUAAGGCCAUUCACUGACUAUAUCAUUGGAGCAGAUUCAGUACUACAUGAAACAGAAGACCUGUUUACACUUAUAGAAGCACACGAAGGCCGUCCUCUGAAACUUUAUGUGUACAACACAGCAGAGGACUCGUGCCGAGAAGUCACCAUAACCCCAAAUUCUCAGUGGGGAGGGCAAGGAAGCUUGGGUUGUGGAAUUGGAUAUGGCUAUUUGCAUCGUAUUCCAGUACGUAGUCACCUAGCCAAACCACAUCUUCCUGUCACACCUAUUGCUUCACCUGCAACUACAGCUGCAACAAGGACUACCGUGCCAGGCGGUGCAGCUAGUCCAGGUGCACAGCCGUCAAUAGCAAGUGCAGCCCCAACAUUCAGUGACACUGUGUCGCCAGAAUCUGGAAAGACUCAGGCUACAGUGUCCACAUCAGGAAUGCAGCCUUUUGUGACACCUCACCUCCAAGAGAGUGGCAGUCUUACAUCAAUGCCACCAUCUACAACAUCUGAAUACCAAAUGUCCCCACUCUCUAUUUCGCACAGCAUUGAACAGAGGUUACCUAUCACAGUUCCUUCACCAAAUUCUACUGUAUAUCAACCUUCAGUUAUCUCAGAUUCCACUUACCAACCAACAGUUGUUUCUACAGGCCUUGGCCCUAGUUAUCAAGGAACAUCUGUCCCAACAACACUCAAUACAAGCCAACAAAUGAAUAAUAUCCAAAUGCUAAACACAGGAAUGCAGGGAACAAUAGGUGCACAGGGAGUAACAUAUCCUGCAUCACAACCAUCUGGCUAUCGACCAGCUCCAUUUACAGUAUCAGACUACAAAGUGCCUCCGCAGUCAACAGCACACCUUUUCACGGUACCACCACCCACAGCUCCCAUGCCUGCUAUGCCACCUCGCAGUGGUAUUGAGACAGCAGCAACAGCAAGUGGUGUUUUACCAUCAGUUGCCAGAUCAGCAACAACUCUAGCAGCAAGUGGUGUACCGAGUAUACCUGGAAUGCCAGUUGUGACAACACCAAUAUCACUACCUGGGAUGCCACCUAUAACGGUGUCAGCUUCUAUACCACUUGCAGCAUUUGAGGGCCUUCCUCCUCCUCAGUAGAUGGCUCCUGUUAAUCUUGAAAUUGUCAUUUGGGAAUCUUGGAUAACACAGCUUCUCACCUUUGCAUUUCUGUGAUAGAAGUGAUUUUUCUUCGAGUGACGUACAUUGAGAAAAGUUAUUACAAAGGGUUGAAAAUAUUGAUAGAUACUGAAUGUCUCUUAUGCUGCCAGGGAUUGCUGGACUGUGAAUAUAAAAAAAAAUAAACAGUGCCUCAUUAAAAAGGAAUUUCUUUUGUGGGAAUUGACAGUGUUGUAAUCUGUAAUGAAAUUAUAAAACUUAAUUUGUUGUUUAUUAAUGUUUUUAUCUUUGUAUGUAUCAUAUUAUAGUUACAAGUAUGCAUGCUUGUUCGCUUUAAGAAUUAUGGCAUUCACUGGCACAUUGUACGAAGCAAGAAGCUGAUGAAACAUAUGAUAUGGAGAUUAUAUUCUGUCAUAUGUAUCAGAAUAAAUAGCCAUCAAAAUUAACUUAUUUAGCAGA